GGGGGCAGCGGGGGCCCGGCCUGCGGCUAGCGCGAGCCGCCGAGCGAGCAGCGGGCGCGGCCGCCCGAUCCCGCCAUGAAGAAGAGCGGCUCCGGCAAGCGGGGGCCUCCGGAUGGAAACCAUCAGUCUGCGGCGCCCGAGAAGGUCGGCUGGGUCCGGAAAUUCUGCGGGAAGGGGAUUUUCAGGGAGAUUUGGAAAAACCGCUAUGUGGUGCUGAAAGGCGACCAGCUCUACGUCUCCGAGAAGGAGGUAAAAGAUGAGAAAAACAGUCAGGAGGUGUUUGACCUGAGUGACUAUGAGAAGUGCGAAGAGCUCCGGAAAUCCAAGAGCAGGAGCAAGAAAAAUCACAGCAAGUUCACCCUGGCCCGGUGCAGACAGCCGGGCACCACGGCUCCCAACCUCAUCUUCCUGGCUGUGAGUCCUGAAGAGAAGGAGUCAUGGAUCAACGCCCUGAGUUCUGCCAUUACCAGAGCUAAAAACCGUAUCUUGGAUGAGGUCACCGUUGAGGAGGACAGCUAUCUUGCCCACCCUACUCGAGACAGAGCAAAAAUCCAACACUCCCGCCGUCCUCCAACCCGGGGACACCUCAUGGCUGUGGCUUCGACCUCUACCUCAGACGGGAUGCUAACAUUAGACCUGAUCCAAGAGGAAGACCCUUCCCCUGAGGAGCCAGCCUCCUGCGCCGAGAGCUUUCGGGUGGAUCUGGACAAGUCUGUGGCCCAGCUGGCGGGCAGCCGCCGGAGAGCGGACUCAGACAAGAUUCAGCCCUCUUCCCACCGGGCUGGCAGCUUUUCUCGGCCUUGGGGAAAACCAGACAAGGGAGCCCCCUACACCCCACAAGCACUGAAGAAGUUACCCAGCGCAGAGAAGAGCCGGUGUGCCUCCCUGGAGGAGAUUCUAUCCCGGAGGGACACUGCCCCAGCCCGCCCUCUCCACCUCCAAGCUGAGGAGACUCCCGCCCCUGUCCCCUCGCAGCCGCAGCCGGGGCAGCUGUCCCGGAUCCAGGACCUGGUAGCACAGAAACUGGAGAAGACUCAGGAGCUGCUGGCAGAGGUUCAGGGACUCGAUGGCAAGCGGAAGGCCAAGGACCCCCCACAGUCUCCACCCGACUCGGAGUCGGAGCAGCUGCUGCUGGAGACAGAGAGGCUGCUGGGAGAGGCUUCGUCCAAUUGGAGCCAGGCCAAGAGGGUGCUGCAGGAAGUCAGGGAGCUGAGGGACCUGUACAGGCAGAUGGACCUGCAGACCCCCGACUCCCACCUCAGGCAGGCCUCCCAGCACAGUCAAUACCGGAAGAGCCUGAUGUGAAAGCGCGGCUCAGUCUGGAAUUGGGGGGGCACAGACUCUUAAUCUCCAAAUGUUGCAGGAUAAAGCUUUUUUAUUUACCUCAAUCAAAAAAAAAAAAAAAAUCAAGUCCAUUGCUUUUGCUGCUGCCUCA